CGAAUGCUUCAACAACCUUGAACUUUCACAAAUGUAAACAUGACGUUUUUAUUAAAAACAUUAAGAAUAAUAAAAUAUAAACUAUCCUACAGACAUGUCCGCUACAUGUCCUCAGAAACUUUUGACUUCAACACAUUUGUUGCCAAAAAUGAGCCGAUGCCAACAUAUUCCCCUGGCACCAAGGAGAGGAAUCUUUUAGAUGCGUGUGUGGCGAGCUAUGAAUGUAGGAUCCGCGACAUACCCAUUGUCAUUGGUGAUGAGGAAAUACGCACAGAGGGAGAACGCUACCAAGUUUGUCCGUUUGAUCAUGAAAGGAAGGUAGCCAGAUACUACUAUGCCCCCAAGCCUGUUAUACAAAAAGCCAUUGACAGUUGCCUGUCAGGAAGAAAAGCCUGGGAACGGACCCCGCUGGCAAAACGAGCCGAGAUUUUCUUGCGUGCUGCAGACCUCAUGUCCAACAAGUACCGCUAUGAUCUGCUGGCUACUACUAUGUUGGGACAGGGAAAGAACAUCUGGCAGGCAGAGAUUGAUGCUGGUGCAGAGAUUAUUGAUUUCCUAAGAUUUGAUGUGCAGUUUGCAAGAGAGAUUACAGAAUAUAAACCAAUCAGUCCAAACCCUGAGGAAUUGAACAGUAUUAAAUACAGAGGAUGUGAGGGUUUCUGGGCAGCUAUUACUCCGUUUAAUUUCACUGCUAUUGGUGGACAUCUGCCUAUGGCUCCAGCAUUGAUGGGCAAUGUCUGCCUGUGGAAGCCGUCCGACACCGCCCUCCUGUCCAACUAUCUGGUGUACGAGAUAUACCGAGAGGCUGGGCUGCCAGCCGGUGUCAUAAACUUUGUACCGGCAGACGGUCCGGUAUUUGGUGACACAAUAACUGCAUCUCCAGACUUGGCUGGCAUCAAUUUUACCGGAAGUGUUAAGACAUUCAGUCACCUGUGGAAACAAGUAGGAGCUAACAUUGAGACCUACAAGAGUUACCCAAGACUGAUAGGAGAGUGCGGUGGCAAGAACAUGCACUUUGUGCACUCAUCAGCCAAGAUUGACCAAGUGUUCUAUGGAGCUGUACAGAGUGGCUUUGAAUAUGGAGGACAAAAGUGCUCUGCACUAUCAAGGAUGUACAUCCCUGAGUCAAUGUGGCCGACAGUGAAGGAGAACCUAGUCCAGUUCCAUAAGCAGCUGAUUGUGGGGACACCACUGUAUGGGGAGACGUUCAUGUCAGCCGUCAUUGAUGAAAAGGCAUUUGCAAGGUGCAUGUCAUAUCUGGAUUAUGCAAGAAAGUCUCCCAAUGUGUCCGUUGUUGCUGGGGGCAGGUGUAAUGACAGUAAGGGUUAUUUCAUCGAACCAACAUUCUUAGAAACCAAAGAUCCUAGAGACAAGCUCUUUCAAGAGGAAAUAUUCGGUCCCAUAGUGACAAUUUAUGUCUACCCGGAUGCAAAGUAUCGAGAGACGGCCGUAUUGGCCAGCAAGACGUCACCAUAUGCUCUCACUGGGGCGUUGUAUGCAGAAGAUAAGUCUGUACUUGAUGAGUUGUCAGAGAUUUUUGAAGAUAGUGCGGGCAGUUUCUACAUUAAUGACAAAUCUACAGGGGCUGUGGUUGGACAGCAGCCGUUUGGAGGAUCCCGCUUGUCAGGCACUAAUGACAAGGCUGGUGGCCCCUAUUAUCUGCUCAAGUUCCUGUCACCUCAAUCCAUCAAGAGACGCACCGUGCCUAAGACCACCUGGAAACACCCUUCCAUGGCUGUUAACUCACCAGGAAAAAUGGAGGUGAAUAAAAAAUCAUUCCCUCAUGUGACAGAUUAAGACUUAGAGAUUUCCUUGAAAAUCACCUUCUUCAUUGUGACAGAAAAAAACUCCAAGAAUUGAACAAACAGCACUGGUCCUGAGGAAUAUCUUAAUUCAGUAUUGUGGAGGCCGUGUUUAUUAUUACUGUAUAUAAUCAGCUUGUUUACUCAGGAACUAUGUUUAGGCUUACAUGUACCUGUAG